CUGACUGAAGUUUUAGUCUGCUAUACAUUUUGAAGUUUCUGUGAAGCUUUCAUAAAGCAGAAAUGGCUUCGACCAAAAGUCUAAUAGCUGAAGAAAACUUCUGCUGUGCCAUCUGUCUGGAUGUGUUCACUAAACCUGUGUCAAUUCCCUGUGGGCACACCUUUUGUCUUGACUGUAUUACACGACACUGGACAGAUUUUAGAACUUUAUUUCCAUGCCCACUGUGCAAAGAGGAGUUUACCACCAKACCGAUGCUUCGAGUUAACAUUUUCAUUGCCGAGAUGGCGGAAAAAUUCAAAACCAYGGUUAGAAAUCAGUYCUCGAGUGCCGCAGAACACGCUGGGAGCGGAGACGUGCUCUGCAAUCUAUGCACAGAGCCAAAGUCCACGGCCAUGAAAUCCUGUUUAGUGUGCUUCUUACACUACUGCCAAACCCAUCUGGAGCCUCAUCUGAAAAAUCCAGCCCUAAAAAAACACAAACUAAUUCACCCGGUCGAUAACCUGGAGAACAGGUUGUGCAAGACGCACGGUGAACCUUUGGAGCUGUUUUGCAGAGCGGAUCACAUGUUUCUGUGUGAGCUCUGCCGAAAUGAAGAGCAUCAAAAGCACGAGACGGUGACUCUGGAAGAKGAGGCUGAAACAAGACAAGAACAGCUGGGAAUAGAGAGAAAAGGCACGGAUCAGAUGAUCCAGGCCCGUCAGCAGAAAAUAUGUGCRAUUCAACGCUCGUUGGAUGCGAGCAGAAAUAAUGCAGAGGAGGYAGUGUUGUGUAGCAGAGACACGAUGGCUGCUCUGGUGGAUUACAUGAAGAGAAGCCAACAAGAGCUAACUGAGGUCAUCGACACAAAACUGAAAACAAGAGAAAAAGAAGCCAAAGACUUCAUUCAAGAACUGAAUGCAGAAAUUGAGAAAAUACAGCUGAAAAAGCAGCAGCUUAAUAGCAUUUCAUUGACAAGCGACCCCUUGAAAUUUCUCGAGAGCGUUCUUUCUCUUCCGAUAGUUUGCCCUCAGGUGAAGGACUGGUCUGAUGUGGGGUUUAACGCAGACCAGUUUGCAAUCCARGAGAGCUUGGCCAAGCUGGAGACAUCAGUCACAGCUAAGGUAAACAAAGUGUGCGAUCCUUCCUUCAAAGACAAGCAGAAACACGCAGUGAACGUGACAUUCGAUCCCGACACGGCGCACUCUGAGCUCAUUGUUUCCGACGGGGGGAAGCGAGUCGCGUGCGGAAACCGAAACAGGGUCCCGCACAAACCACAGAGGUUUGAUCACGUCCUCAACGUUUUGGCACUGGAAGGUUUCUCCUCUGGAAAGUUUUACUACGAGGUUCUGGUAAAAGACAAGACACAGUGGGAUUUAGGRGUGGCUUACGAGGUCAUCAACAGGAAGGGGGACAUAAGACUGAGCCCAAAGAACGGAUACUGGACAAUCUGGCUGAGAAAAGGAGGCGAGUUAACAGCCAACGCAGGUCCUCCAGUCAAACUGCAUGUGAGGACCAUACCUGAAAAGGUCGGGGUGUUUGUAGAUUACGAGGAGGGCCAGGUAUCCUUUUAUGAUGUGGAUAUGAGGGCUAACAUCUACUCCUUUUUUGGAUGCAACUUCACCGGGAAGCUUUUUCCAUUCUUCAGCCCCUGCAGCAGUGAGGAAGGUAAAAACGUGGCUCCUUUGAUCAUCACCCCUGUGACGUACAACUGAGGGGGCUUCAAGUUUUAUGGGGUGGGGAUCUUCGCCAUCAAAAAACACGUCCUUCUUCACUCAGCCACCAUCGCUUGACCAUUUGUCUUCAUUAUUCUGCAGUCGAACUCAAAAUGUUCGUUAGUCCUCGUGCAAGUACAUUUUGAUUCACAGUUCACACACCUCUGCAGGUUAGGGGUACUACUGAGAAAAAGGUUGACACACAAAGAAGCUUUUUUCUUGCUGCUAUAUUGUCAGAAUGUUAAGCAUUGUGAGUCAUUUAGCUUGUAAAAAGCACUGUUCUGUUAACACUUGACAGAAACCUGAUAGCAGUUAUAAAUAACUGCUACUGUCA